GCAUGGCAGCCACCUAAUUUUUCCAAGCACAUUGGUCAAUCUAGCCAAGAUCAUAUUAGCUGUAAUCUAGCACCAUCUAGCAUCUAGCAUCUGUGAAUCUGCUGCUGGCAGUCAGACGUUCGGCUGGCUCUGGCAGUGGGGAUUUGUCCAUGUCUGUCUACCAGCAGUGGAUUUGAGCCGAUACUGCAGAUAGUUGAAUGUUGGUGGUGCAGUGGAGAUGGUCAUGGUCAUGGUGUUGAACAUUACCAGGACACACAAUGACGACAACAGAGGACAUUCUGUUGCAAGUGAACAAUGUGCGUCACAAGAAGAGUGACGGCACGCUUUUCCUGAUGAGCGAACGCAUCGGAUGGCUGAUGGGCUCCAAAGACACGUUCUCAGUCAGCUAUAAAUAUGCCGAUAUCAAAAUGCAGAAAAUCAGUCCGGACGGCAAGGCCAAGAUCCAGCUGCAGGUGGUGCUACACGAUGGCGGCGCCUCCACGUUCCACUUCAACUCUCCCGACGGGGAGCCAGCCCAGCGCGCCGACCGCGACAAGGUCAAGGAGCUGCUGCAGACGCUGCUACCCAAGUUCAAACGCAAGGUCAACAAGGAACUGGAGGAGAAGGAAAGGCUGUUGCGGGAGAAUCCAUCGCUACUGCAGCUGUACCAGGAUCUGGUUAUCACUCGUAUCGCCACAGCUGACGAAUUCUGGGCCCAGCACGCCUCAGAGUUUCUCAACAAGACCAAUGUCAAACAGGACGUCGGAGUGUCGGGCGCGUUUCUGGCCGACAUAAAACCACAAACGGACGGCUGUAACGGGCUGAAGUACAAUUUGAACGUAGACACCAUCAACUCCAUCUACAAGACGUACCCGGCGGUACGGCGGAAGUUCUUCGAGUACGUGCCGGGCCGAAUGUCGGAGUCCGAGUUUUGGACGCGCUUCUUCCAGUCACACUAUUUCCAUAGGGAUCGGAUCAAUUUGAGCAGCAAGGACCUGUUUACCGACUGUGCCCGACAGGAUGAGAAAGUAAUCCAGCAGGAGCUCCAGGAGGAGCUGGACGACCCGAUGCUGGACCUGCGGAGGAUGACCGACUCGACGGUCGGUGAUGGCUACGGCAGCGACAGCAGCGCGGUCGGAGUCGGCCAGACCAACACGGCCACCGUCAGCAUGAUCAGACGGUUUAACCAGCACUCAAUAAACGUUCUGAAGGCGAGUUUGACCCCAGAGGGUGCGGCGGCGGCGGCAGCGACUCCGGCCAAACCCCAGCAGAACGGCCAGUCGAACGGAGAGGCCAGCUCAGCGGCACCGCCGGCCGAGAGGGACCCCGCCGCCAAGAGGGCUCGUCUGGAGGAGCGCACCUGCUACGAGGACCUCGAGGCGGCGCCACCGUCCGCCGGCCAGCCGCUCAGUCUCACCAAGGUGGAGCGGUACCUCAGCGGACCCACCCCGGACCUGGCACAGCUGGGCAGCGAGCCACCCUCGGCCAGCGCCGCCCGCCGGCUCAGAGAAAACGUCCUCCACUGGCGGCCCUUCACCAAUAAGGUGUUAGACCCUCAGACAGCAGUCAGCGUCUUGGGUGACCUGUCCCCGGGAGGAGCGCUGAUGAAGACGUCGCACAAAGAUAGAAACGCCUCCGCCGACUUGCCGGAUCAUGUGAAGACGGAGCUUGCUGCCAUCUACCGGUCAGCAGGCGAACUAUUGCGGCACUUCUGGGCGUGCUUUCCCGUCUCUACGCCUGCUCUGGAGGAGAAGGUGGCGAAGAUGGAGGACACACUACAUAAAUUCCACCAGCUCAAAAUACAAAACUUUGAGGACACGGUGUGCCGCCAGGCCGGCCUGGGCCCCGAGGUCACAGCCCAUCUGAACCAGAUGCUCUCGGCGGCCUACGCCAAGUACGAGUCGUGGCGCUCUCUGCGCCGCUCUUUGCAGCGGUAGCCGAGGCCCACCGAACGUGCCGGCCGAACUAGGGCCGGCGCGACACCCGCGUCCGGCCGCAGAUCCGCCUUUCCUAGUCGCACCAGCGCGCAGUGCUCACCCGUGCCCGAGCGCCGGCCAAACGGCUCCACCGUCACUCGGGAAUGUUCCAGAUGUGUUUUUGAGCUGCACCUGAAGGUAGUGCAUGUCCAGACGGCGCCUGCAUCACCCAGAGGGGAUGACUGUGACUCAUGUUCCGUGCUUUCGCGUUGGGUCCGUGUUGAGACUGGUGCCCGUAUGGUGUCGGUUGGCGGUGGGUUGGGGUGUGUCUGAUCCGCUGCAGAGGGUUUGUGGUCGCGUCAGGUCGCUCGAGGCACCGCCAGUGGUCAGUGUCGGUCGACUCACGCUCCGGUGCCCCGCACGCACACACACGUGCGUUAAUUUAUCAGUCCCGAUCCAGUGAAUGAGAUUGUUUUGUGCGUGUUCCUGCUCGUGAUGAAGGCCGUGAAACGUGAGUCACGGCCGAGCGAUAAACAGCAAAUAACGGGCCGCUGUUAACGUGUAUUGAGAUACAAAUACAGUUGACCAUUGUA